AUGUUACCCAUCCUCGGUGCUGUUGCCUCAGCUGUGACUCUCGCAACCGCUUUUCCGGCGCUCGACGUCCGCCAGCUCCCCGCACCCAUUACGGCGAACAGCUCUGUCAGCUGCCUGUCUCUCCGCAACGGAUGCAACGCAACCGUGAUCGACCCCAACAAUGCGUGGAACUACACCGAUUGCGCGCUCCUCGCCAUCUGCUCCGAAGGUGUCUCGACUCCCCAGCAGACCCUCAAUUCGGUCAACCUGCCCACGACCCAGCCUCGCCUAACGGAGGAUGUCUUCAACCAGAUGACCGGCGGCGCGGACAGGCUCACGCAGCAGAACUACGUCGACGCGUACAACGCUGCGAUCGCCAGCACCCCUGCAUUUAUCAGGACCUACGUUCUCCAGGGCCAAUACGAGACCAUCGCCGCCUGGACUGGUGACUGUGACGACAGCGGCAUUCCCUACUCCAACUUCGCUGACUGGUUCGACUACUCGGGCACGGCCGGCGUUUGCCCCGCCGUGCAGUCGUGCAACGCCACCCUCGCCGCGAGCGCCGACCCUUGCGUGCCGCAGCCGAUCACCGACAAUGGCUCGUGCAACGGGGUCGCCGGCCAGUGCGCACUUUUCAUCCAGCAAGACGUCGAUGGGCUCUUCCAGAACAGCUUGUGCUUGAUGGCGAGCAUGUGCUACGCCGAGUCGACGACGGACGUCCUCAUCAACAAAAUGUUCCCGUCCUACGUCUCGAACAUCCCCACCACCGCAGACCAGACUCGUCUCUCGCUCGACCUGUUCCACAACGUGACCGGCGGCAACAACGUCAUGACCCUCCAGAACGCUAUUGACGCAUACUACGGUGCCCUCACCAACACCUACGAUAGCUUGGGUGGCCCCUGGGGCGCUCAGGAUCCCCAGCGCUCAGGCAACAACGGCCCGUACCCGACCUCAACUGACUAUGUCUCCAACUUCUGGAGCAUCAUCUCCGCCUGGACUGGCCUCUGCGACACGCAGGAGAUCCCGUACGACAACCUCGCCGAUUACCUCUCCUACGCCGCCUCCAGUGGCUACCACCCCACUUGCUAG